AUGGCUCCUAGUGCUGCAACAGAAGGGCCAAGUCUCUCCCUGAGAGAGCGGUUCCUCUAUUUUACCCCGAUGAUUGCAUUCAUCACCAUUUACAUGGCUCUGUGUGCCUUCAACUUUGGCUUUGAUGUUGGUAACUUUGCAGGCGUCCAGGCCAUGCAGCCUUUUGCCAAGAGAUUCGGAAAAUACAACGACGACAAAGACCUCUACGCAUUGCCGAGUUAUCUCUCAUCUAUCAUGACGUCGACUCCCUUCUUCGGCAAGCUCGUCGGAGCCAUCACCUGUGGUUCAGUCUCUGAGCGCUGGGGAAGAAAGAUGGCCAUCUUCAUUCUCGCGUGCAUCUCGCUCGUAGGCGUUACUCUACAAACAGCAGCUUUUUCAGCGGCUCAGUUCACGGUUGGGAGGGUCGUCAACUUUGCUAUGACGGGAUUCUGCAUCGUUGUUGUCCCUAUUUACCAGGCAGAGUGCUCCCCGAAAGAGCUUCGCGGAUUGAUGAACUCGACUAUCCAGAUGGUCAUCAUCUUUGGGCAGACGGUUGCUUCGCUCGUCAAUUUGGGGACCAAGGGCAUUCCAGGCGAUGCAUCUUGGCGCAUCCCUGUCGGUCUUCAGUUUGUCGUGCCGGUUAUCCUGCUCGCUCUCUUGCCAUUCAUCCCCGAAUCACCUCGCUGGCUUCUAUCAAAAGACCGUCCCGACGAGGCAUUCGAGUCCCUCCAACGUUUGCGAGGCAAAUUGACAGAGAACGACAUCAGGGUUGAGAUGGCCGAGAUCCAAGCAGACCAGGCCAAUGCUAGCAAGGGUAGUUGGAGCGAAGUGUUUGACAGCCACAACAGGCUCCGAACAAUUAUUGCCAUCAUCGCCAUGUUUGGACAGCAGAUUACUGGCCAGGCAUUCGUCAAUCAGUACUCUGCCAUUUUCUACCAGCAAAACGGAUUUGUUAAACAGGCCUUCCUGUUUACUGUCUUGGCUAAUGUGGCCGGUGUCAUUGGCACUGCUGGCACCUGGUUUGUUGUUGACAGCUUUGGACGACGGCCUAUUCUGUUGACGGGAGGCUUCUUGAUGGGCGCAUUCCUAUACAUCGUCGCCAUUGUAUCCACAGUUCCUGAUCCCACGUAUGCUGCCAGACAGAUGAUGGUGGCGUCUAUGUGUCUGUUCAGUGCCAUGUACUGCGUUUCAUGGGGUCCUCUGUCCUACGUUGUCUUGGGCGAAGUCACCUCAGCUCGCGUCAAAGAAAAGACCAGCCUGAUCGCCUGUAGCAUCUCCAUCCUCACUACUUUUGUCACAUCUUUCACUCUACCCUACCUGCUUAACAGCGACUAUGCAGGUCUAGGCGGCAAGGUUGGAUUCAUUUACGGCUCGAUCUGCUUCGUCAUGACGGUUGUUGCUUUCUUGUUUGUCCCCGAGAUGAAGGAUCGCACUCUGGAGGAGGUGGACAAGCUCUUUGAGAUGAAGGUGCCGCUUAGGAAGUUUAAGCAGACUCGAAUUGAGGUGCUUGACCCGGAUGUCAAGGAUGCAGUGCUGCAUGGAGGGGAUGCUAAGGGUGCUAGUGUGCACCACAGUGAGGCCUAA